AUGAUUCUUAACUAUUUUCUGGGGCUGAUCAGCCCUAUCAAUAUCCAAUUCUAUCGUUCCCGACGCAUUGCAGUAUGCCGUGCAAUUGCCGGAAGCAGGAUUCCGAACUUCACAAAAAAAACCCGCGACAACCCGGAAGGAACCACCGAUGAUGUCUAUUUAGUCUUCUGGGUCAUUCUGCACUGGCCAAUCAGCCAGAAUCGCACCCGGCCGACCGCUGGAGUGAUGCUCAAGGCUAUUCAUAAUGGAAGAUCUAGCCUUGACCUAACGACGCCUCCUUACUUUCCGUGUACCUCCGUUCGACGGCCGGUCACCUUUGCCCGCCGAGAGCUGUUUGAAAUGUUGGUGCAUGGGCUGUCAAUUCCGAACACCAUAAUUGUCCGCCACAUCCUCAAGAAAAGCAUACUGCAUUCCAUCGCCUGGGCACGAAUAGUCAAACACCGUAGAAGUAAUGCCAGUAGCCUGGAAGCAAAUGACCAAGCGAGUACCACAGCUGAUGGAACUCCAUUCAUCAAGCAGACUGGGACCAUCACCCAACGCAUACCAGCUGCGCUGUCCACAGAAAUGCGACUAGCAGGUAUCGGACUGGAACGCUUGUUCUUGUGGUCCUCCUCCGGAUCCAGGAUCUGGUUUGGAAUGAUAAAUGGAACCAUACCCAUAACACGGCAUGCAAAAUGCGAAUGGGGUGAUGCACGGGAGCCGGAGAUGAUAACGCAGGAAACACGCAAUGGUUGUAUCACAUACGACAGGAAUCAGAGUGGUUCUGACAUCAGCUUUUGUAAAGAGGAAGAUCUAGAUAGUCUCGAGAUGACGAGCGAUGCCAUAAGCGAACAAACGUUUAAAAAUCCCUUCACGUGGUUUAGUGGAGAUGGAUUCUGGGAGAGAAGAUAUGGUAAUUCCCACUUGGACGAGGUUCCACAUCCGGAGAGCGUAUCUGGAGCUGGAGUCGACAAGGAUGAACAAGGAUUCGAAACCCCGUUUGGUGAACUUAUACGGGUACCUAUGUAUGGUAACACAAUGACAGUACCAUUCACCAAUUUAACAGAAGCUUCCGGAAUGAAAUGA